GUAAGGCCUACAUAACGCUACACGCUUACUGCCAAGUUGCCGACAGGCGACAGGAACACUAUCCGUUAUAGGCCACACCGGCGCGAUCAGAAGCUGGUCGGGAACUACGGGUUCAAUCUACUACAUUACAUUGUUCACUACCGCUACCCUAAACAGUAAUGGCGGCCCCUACCCGUCAUGCAGCCUCCAGCAAGGGCUCACCAGAGGUGUCUGCCAAGCAUGGCAAGACACCAAUUACAGAAUCAACGAGUUCAUGCGGCGCACGCCAAGAUAAUGGCACCUUAGGUAGCGACGAAGCAGCUGAAGGUCCCCAAACUCCGUCGGACGACGAGAUGAAUGAUGACAAUGAUACUCCGGACGAUUUUGCCCUGUCAGGCGCACAUAAGGUUCACAAAGGACAGCGUCUGGCAGGGCUGGACAACCCUCCCACCGAACAGACAGUGGCAGGCGCAGUGCGUGACGAAGGUGACGAACCGGAUGAUGCAUAUACCGCCGUCGAAGACAUUGCAGAUUCGGACACGGAUGAGCAGCGCGAGAGGGAGGGUCCUAGCAUGAUUCUGGAAGAUGAUGAUGACGAGACAGAUUCUGAUGAGUACGAUAGUGACGGGUCAAGUGGACUGGACUCCGAUGAUGAAGGCGACACGACCGAUGAAGAAACGGAAGAAGAGAUGAUGCUCACGCUGCAGCAAAUGCGCAGGCGUGCCGCUCUGACUCCGGCGCCAGCACCGUCUCCUAAGACGCCGACGCCGACUCCGACUCCUACUCCUGCCAGCCGAUCACUCGGCCGGCGCGCUCACACGACGGACUCACCGGCUGCAGUGCGCGGUGCAAGAGGGCCGAGAAUGGGUACUUUCGUCGUUGACAGGACCCGUGCUGCAUUGUCCGCCGAUGUGACCGGAAAGCGCAUCAAGUUGAAGCCACCCGUCCUUCCGACGGAGAGGGAAAGAGCAUUCUGGGAGCGUGCCGCCAAGACUGCAUCCGUUAGCCGUGGAAGCACGCCUCGAUCGGACAACUUUUACACGCACGGUCCGCGUGUUCAGGAAGGCGCACCACAGCCUUUCACAACCCGUAUGACACUGGGCUCGAUGUUUGGUGGCAACCUCGACAUUUUGCGCAAUAACGAUGCCGCCGGAGUCGGCGCGGAGAUGUACCCAGCCGCUUUCGGACGGCGGGGCAGCACGUUGUCAGACAUGGUGAACAGCGAUGGAGAGUUCGACGACCUGAACAUGCAAGACUUCAUUGACCUGGGCAACGCAUCCGACAGCGAAGAGCCUUCCUCCGCCACAGCGUCGAUCAUGUCGCCCACUCAAUCCGACCUAUGCAACUCCUUCUCUUCUCUCGAUCCUCGCCGGAACGAGAGCCUUCUCGACCAUCUAGAUCAAAAGCGCGACCUCGUCGGCGCGUUUCGCCGUAACCAGAACGUCGUGAGGCACGUUAGCUCUUUGCCGUCCCAUCCUGCCAAGCGCGCCUCGACGUCAGAGUACAACGCUCUGCAGAAGGGUCGACGCGCCGCAGCGAACACACCCAUCACUCCUGCACGCAAGAAGCGUGUUAGUCAAGACCUUACCUCUACCGGAGCCGGCGUCAAGAAGUAUGUCGCUCAUGCUACCCCUGGUAGACGCCCAGGAAGCCGCGGCAGCUCUUCCGUACAUGGCGCGAGUCAGAUGCUUAGUACGACCUUGAUGUAGGUCGGACUGUCUGGCGCUCACAUCGCAAAUCGCAUUACACCCGCACUCUUAGGAGGUUGGACGGCUUUUCCGUUACCUCUACUUGUUUCAGGGAGUGCUUUGCUUGAUCGGAUUGGCGUGGCGUUGGUGGCGUUCUCUGUGCACUGGCUCUAGCCAGCCGCGAGCAUGCGGUUCUGUGCUGUUCGGUGAUACCCCGACCGUUUUCAAAAGUUGUCAAGCUUGUUC